ACCAUCCAUGUCCAUCUCAUGUCCCCACGGUGUCCCCAUCCUGGUGUCCCCCAUGUCCCCUCAGUGUCCCCCGCUGUCCCCCCAGGACCUGCUCCGGGCCAUCAGUGGGACCCUCAUCUUCCUCGUGGCGGCCCUGGUGGCCUUGGCCUCGUCCCGUGAUGCCCUGGCUGCCACCACCUUUACCUUCAGCCUGGUCCUGGCCUUGGUCUUCGCCUUCGACACCUUUGUCACCUUCCGCACGCGGGUGGCCCCGGGACAGGAUCCUGACAUGGAGGACAGCUGAUGGUCACCGCCCCCCACCACUGUCUCAUCAUCCUCUGGGUCCAGUCCGCCAUCCCCCACCCCAAAAAUUAAACCUUGUCCCACA